AUGUGGACCAUGAAUCAAGCGUCCGCUCGUCUUGAGCGUACAGGCUCUUUCCACUCCAUAGCUUCUGAUCGCUCAAGCAAUGCUUCCUCCGAAGACUUUGAGAGUUAUCUCUCUGGCGAGAGAAACGCACCGCCUGCAAUGUGGACAUCUGCUCGCUCACAGUCAAAUGUCUCACGAUUGAGUCAGAAGUUCAACAAUGCUACCAUAGCCACUGUGGAAAUUCCUUCGCCGCCUACUUCGCGCGAUGAGAGCCAGCUGCGAGAUAACACCACUGAAGAUGACGCCCGCUCUCGCAGCUCGACACUCGCGGGAGAAGAGGAUAACUACGAGUACCCAGAGAAGACGCCCACCCCUGAUUCAAUACCAAAGAAGAUCACAGAGCUUGCUGAAGAGACCAAGGACGGCGUUGAGACAGCCGAAGAGGAGCCUGUUCCUCCAGCACGCGUACCUGGGCCACUAGAGGUCCAAUUACAAGCUCUAAUGUCCAAAAUCAUCUUUAUGGAACGUGAAAAUCCGACCAUCAGCGUCACGCCAGAUGAGUAUUCUGAGCUUCAGGCUCGAGUCCAGACUCUUGAAGAAGAAAGGAAAACUUGGCACAAGCGGCACGAAGCUCUCUUCGCCCUGCGCGAUGAGGACGUAGAGAACAUAAUCAAGGUGCGUGGCCUCCUCGCCAAAGCACGGCGCGAUCUUGAAGGCAUGACAAAACUUCGGGACGACGACCUGGUGAAUUUGCAAGUUGUACGUGGCAAACUCGCAGAGGCAACGCGCAAAUUGGAGCGUCUCGAGUCGCAGAGCCCAGUUACCGGUGGACGCUCGACCCCAAGUCGUGGCCGGCCGUCGAGCAUUAUGCUUGAGAGGAGGGACACGACGGACCUCUUUGCUGCUGCGAAGACGGCAGCACUGGAACAGAGGGUCAUGGAGCUCGAGAAGCGAAACAGCGACUUGCUGGAGCAGAUUGAUGCUCUGAGACAGAAAGCCCAGAGCACUACGCCCAGCGUGGCGGCUGAAGCUUCCAAGCAAGAAGACAUCAGUAUCGAUGAUGUGAACCGAAUGGCUGCUCACAAGGCAUGGAGGGGUACUGUCGCUGAUAUGGAAGCAAAACUCCGAGCCAAAGACGCUGAGAUCGCAGUUCUCCGCGCUGGACGUGCACCUGCGACCCAAAAACCUGGCGUAGAGUGGCACCACAUCGAAGCGCUACAUGAAGAGCACGCCACGUACCGCGAGAAGGUUGGCGCAAAGAUGCAGCUUCUCCGACUGGAGAAGGAGAUGCUGCAAAAGGAGCUACAUCGUAAGGAGGACGAGUGCCAUGAGCUAGAAGUCAAGGUGCAGAGCAUGCAGAGAAAGUUGCGUAGCGCAGUCUAAGCGGAAAUGAGGAGACGAAGUACGACAUACUUGAGCGAAGAACAUCGGCUAUGAUGAGAAUUCAUCUAAUUAGGAGGGAAAUAGAUAUCCUUGUACCGUUG